CACGCAAAGAAUAACUUUCAACUCACCUUCAUCUCAAUUUGCCCCUACCGCAACAAUCAAUGCAAGUGGGACCGUCUCGCUGACCUUCGACAAUCGUAAAGCCACCUCAGGAGCUUAGUACCUUGAUUAUUCCAUCCGGAUCCUAGUCUACCUUUCUUCCAGUAGUUUCCAUCCCCGUGGGCCAAUAUGACUGCCACAACAAGAUCUGCGGCCAAGAAAGAGGGCAAAUCAGACGGUGCGCCUCCAGCCUCAGAGGCUCACACCGGGUCGAAACACAAAACUGGAGAAGGCGCAGGGUCUCCCAAACCCAAGCGAAGCAAGAAGGAGGGAAAACAGCAGAAGAGCAUCCCUGAGACAAUUAAGGGCCAGAAUGGAACCCACAAAGAGAAGACCACUGCAGGCACCGAAGGAAAAGGGGAUCAUGCUUCUUCUGCAGUGGAACCGCAUGGCCGUGAAGAAGCCGAGUCAGUCCCAUCCAGCAUCCUCGAGAAGGGCAUCAUCUACUUCUUCUUCCGCGGCCGGGUAAACGUCAACCGGCCCUCGAAUGUCGACCAAAUAGCCAGAACCUACAUUAUUCUGCGUCCCGUAGAGAAGGACGCCAAGCUCGGGAGCGGGCCGAUUGGGGAUGCCGGCAACAGCCGCCUCUGCAUGAUUCCAAAGAAAGUGCUGCCUCAGAGUGGCCGAGACCGGUGGAUCUCGUUCGUCGAGAAGUCUGGCGCAUCCUUUCAGAAGCUCAAGGAGGAAUUUUUGGCCUCGUCCGACUAUGAAACCAAGACAGCCGGCACACGGCACACGCCCGCGGCAACCCCCGUGGCCGAAGGCGUCUACGCCAUUACCAGCACGGGGAGAGAGAGCCAUCUGGCGUACAUCCUGACCCUGCCCGAGAAACUGGGCGAGGUGCAGCGGGAAGUGGGACUCAAGGAGAAGGGUAGCUUCAUUAUCAGCACCAAGAAUCCGCAGUACCCGGGCCCGGCGAACGCGAGGCUGCCAAAGUCUCCGGAUUAUCCAGAGGAGUUACUUAAAGAAUUCCGGUCACUUCGCUGGGUGCCGACCCAGCCAAAGCACCUUGACUUUGCCAACACGCAGUUCCUGCUUGUCGGUGAGUCUUCCGGGAUCGAGAAAGCGCUAGAGCCACAAAAGGAGGACCAAGAGGACGGCAAGGCAGAGCCGGUAGAGGAGAUGGAAAAGCUGGAAACUGAAGACACGGAGAGGAUGAAGGGUCUGAGCAAUGACGAUUCAAGCCGCAUCUUUGCCGAUCUGCAGGUGGACGCUGGGAACUAUCCGAGGUUGCAGACGACGUUCUGAGAUACAUUGUCUGCAAGGGAAAUGAAUGCAAAAGUCUUAAAAGAUCUGGAGAUCCAGGAUCUCCGACGGUUUGCUACCGGCCGCGGAUUCUGGGCAGAUGUGACAGGCUUCUGGCUUUCACGGCGUACUGGUUGGCGUCCUGUCUGUUUAGGUUCUUAAAGAACCGCAAAAACGUUCAAAGAAUAAUGGAACUGACUGGCAAUGAAAUACUACUAGUAACUCAUGCUCCGAGGUAGGCUGUCAUCAGGCAUGCUAUAUCUCAGGCUGCUCUAGAGCAACGGUCGCACAGGAGAUCUCAAUGCUAGCCGACGAGAUCACUGGCAGACUCUUGGUGGGUUGGGAUGUUACAAUU